AUGUUUGCACAAACAUCCAAGGAUGCAUCCUAUGCAGGUAUCAUUGUCUUGGGUGUUGGAAUCACAGGGCUUAUGUUUUACACAUUGGGGAAAGAGCUCUUCUCAUCAGAUAGUCCUAAUGGUAUUUACACAAAGGCCUAUAAAUUGUGUAAAAAUAAUGUAGAGAUUCAAGAUGCACUGGGAACACCCAUCAAAGGAUAUGGUGAAAUGACUAGGAGGAAACGUAGACGGCAUGUAAGCCAUCUUGAGUACUCACAGGAGGGUGUUAACUUCAUGAGAAUGAAAUUCUAUUUAGAAGGACCGGAGAGGAAAGCUACUGUACACCUAGAGAUGAAACAGAAUGAGAGUGGGCGAUAUGAGUACAGGUAUCUGUUUGUUGAACUUGACGGCCAUCCCAAACGAACAAUCAUUCUCGAAGAUAACAGAUAA